AUGGACAACGUAUCGGAGAACUCAUCUGGCCGGGAUGCCGUACAACAGCUCAUAUCGAGAUACGUCGGACAGCUCCUCAAGGGCUGCGGCGAUCGUACCUGUGACGAGACACUAUGCGCAAGUGGCCGAAGGAACACAUCUCACCGACCAACCCGCGGGUACACAGCGCGGUCCGCUCGUACGGUAGCUCUGACCCUCGUCAGUGGACCAAAACCAAGAUCGCGGUUGUGCUCAAGGUACCAGCCCAAACAUGAUGACGAUGGCAGCGUCAAGCCGGAGCCGCCUCGAGACCCAUCCUCCUUCACGCAGCAACUCAGCGAUACUGCGGCUGUCCGCAGUACUCUUGGAAGUAGAGAUGGUUCUGCAGAAGGCACCUCUGACCAGCUCGCGGCCAGACAACCGUUCUUUGACGAUGACUCUCUGAGCCACCUCUGGACGUGGCGUAAAAAACUGUCCGAGUUCGAAAGGCUGAAAUCUUUGGGACAUGUGGAGGACUGUCUAGUUGGUGACUUGGACCUCUCUCAGAUCCUUCGCAAUGGCAUGCGCUUCUUCGCUAUCUACGAGCCAGACAAAAACCGUGGCCAGCGCAUAGGGGACCGAUUCUACUUCGGGCCUGCACAGCAACUAUUGGAUCGAACUUUGCUGAUUCUGGGAACCUGUAUACGUUCUUCAGCUGCGACCACGGAUUUUCUACGGGAGCUGAUGGCUCCCAUGGACACGAUGACCAAAAGCGUCUUUGUACUAUGGCUCAAGGAGACAUUCAUGCGUACCUGGAACGGCGAGCUGUUGUGGAGCAAAGACAGCGUGGCCUAUGUUGCGCUACUUCUUCUGACAGUGAUGCAUGAUGCCCAGAUGCACAACCAUGACAUGAAAGCGGCCGAUAAGUUGCAUAAGAUGCCUAGCUUGGUUGCUCAGCUGGAUCCUAUCAAAGUGGCGCAAACCAUCUCAGCGCUCUGCGACCCUCGGAUGGAGAAGGUAAGCAACGACAUGGCCGUUCUACCGAAGUUUGAAAACCCGUUCACCGCCGCGGACAAGGCGCUUUGGCUUCGCACCUACCACCAUAUGCGCAUGAGCAAAACCCAAGGAAUGGCGAAUGUCAAUCGAGACCUUCGCACAUACGGGAACGCAUACGAGGUGACCCUCGACCCUCGACUUCAGCAUCAGGAACAGCACUAUUUGUUGCUCAGCGUCAGCCGCGCCACGGCACUGGAAGAUGCAUUCAUGCAACUAUGGCAACGUCGAAAAACAGAGCUCCUGCUCCCGCUUCGUGUGCGCAUGAGCGAAGCAGACGAUGAUGCCAUUGGCCAGGACCUUGGAGGUGUUCAGAUCGAAUUCUUCAACUUGGUUUACAGAGAGUUGUUCAAAGAGGAGCCGCAGAUGUUCACUGCUUUGGAGUCGGGCUACAGCUACUUCCGUGCUGGUAGUCUACAGCCGCUCUAUCAUUUUGAGCUUUGUGGUGUACUGUUUGCGUUGGCUUUCUAUAACGGCAUACCCCUGCCGGUAAGCUUACCGCUGGUGUUCUAUCGCUUGUUCCAGGACAACAACGUUGCUGGAACCUAUUGGAUACGCGACGGGUGGCCAACUGUUGCGAGAUCGCUGGAUAACAUCAUAGAUGAAGGCGGCCAAGGCCUCGAACUCGUAUUCCCCCUGGAGGCGAACGGUCUGCGCCUGUCAAUAUCAGAAGCCAAGCACGCAACAGACGACGACCGAGAUGCGGAGCUACACAUUGUCGAAGCGACGCGAAUACAGGCAGCAACGCAUAGAGAAGGACCUGCCGAACCAGUGGAUCUCAAAUCCAUAUCUGAUGCGUGGCCUGGCUGGAAACUGAUCGAAGCGACCCAGCAACCCAAAGAAAUCACCGAGGAGAACAGCGUUCAAUACGCGAAUUCGUACACCGCAAUGCUCACCCACGGCUUCGUCAGUCCACAACUAAAAGCCUUCCACGCCGGCUUCUUCUCAGUCAUCGACCCGAACCUGAUGAAAUUCAUCACACCACGACACUUUCAAGAAAUCAUGGAAGGCUCAAUGCACAUCGACAUCGACGAGCUCCGCCGCACCACUGAGUAUGGUGAGCCUUACAGAGCAAGCUCUAGCUACAUCCAGUCUUUCUGGCGCAUUGUGUCUGCGUGGUCGCAGGAGAAGCAGAUGCAGCUUAUCAAGUUCGUCACAGCUGCGGAGCGGAUACCGGCUGCCGGAGUGGGUAAUCUUGCUUUUCAGAUCCAUGGGCAGUCGCACGGUAAUCCCAACGAUCUGCCGUCGAGCUCGACAUGCUUUGGGACGUUGUAUUUGCCACGGUACUCCAGCACCAAGAUGCUGUCGAAGAAGCUGGACGACGCGCUUAAUUUGGGUUUGGAGGGAUUCGGGCAGGGGUGA